AUGAUGGUCUACGACCACGGCAACCAAACCCUCGUCGACGGCUCCGGGGACGAAGAGAACGAAGCAAACGAUCCCGAUGAGCCGAUUCCUAAACGUCGACGUGUGACCCCGAAACGUGCCCGUCCGCGGGAUCAGUUGGAAGUCUUGACCAACCUCGAAUCAUUGGGAGUGCCCGAGCCUUACCGGAGACCCGUGGAAAAGCACGGCACGGAUCCUGCACAAUUCCUGGACGACCGAGGCAGCCUGAUUCAUCAGGUGGCAGAGCCCGACUACGACGAAGCCAACUUGCAUUUGGCCGUCCUGCGUUAUACGUUGAAUGUGCAGUCACGUCAGACGAAGGAUCGGGCCCGAUGGCUCUUGCAUAUGCUCCUUUAUUUCGACUUGGCCAAGUUGAAGCAUCCCGAAGGGACCGGGCGGAUCGGACCCCGGAUGAAGAAAGAAAUUGAGGAGCUGGUGAAGGAGCGCGUCCAUGAUACAGAGGGGAAUCCUCUCCCUUUGGAUCAACUCGGCACGUGGAGUACACAGGGCAAGAAGCUGAAUGUGUUCUGCACAGAGUUUGGGAUAGGAAGCCUGUGUAUUCUGGAAGAAUACCUGUCAGACAAUUUCCUGAAUAAUCGCUUCACACACACAGGCGAAUACCACGUGGAAGCUUUCAAAAAUCUACGUCAGCGGGCUCUGAGGGAAAUGGCGGAAAUGUCGAAAAUAAACGAACUCGGGGAGCUUAUCCGCGCCUACCUGAUUGAACCAUUCCGGAGAGCCCAUCUGAAGCGGCUCUUUGACAAGGGAACCCCCAACCCGGCAACGAACAAAAGCCCCGCGGGAACACCGGAGAGGCGACCUCGGAGCUAG